CAGCACAGAGCCACAGCGGCGGCACAGGAGGAGGCUACAUACUGAACAACGCUAUCGCUGGGGAGGACCAGUGAUACAGCAAAACCAAGAGCAAAACCAAGCCUGGGUGGAAUGGAUUAAACCUUCUCACGUCGCUGCUAAGUGAUCUCAUUCGGUUUUACAUCACCGUGCAUCGGAUAAAAGGUUGCGUGUUUUAAUUUUCUCUCCUUUGAGCACAUUCAGCAGCGAAAACGGCUCAGUGUAGUCUGUGUUUAGCUAGCCGGUGAUGGAGACUGGCAGCUAGCUAGCUGACGUUACUCCUCUGUCCGGCUAGCAUCUAAUUCAACGCUAACUUACUCAGCAGCUUUUCUGCUUAGCACUACGAGUGAUCACCACAAGUUAGCUCUUUACUAGACCUUCAAAAUGCCAGCUUGUGAAUAAAGAAGGAGCUACAAGCGGAUAACACCGGCAAACUUCAUCUGGCAUCAGCUGACGUUAGCUUGCUAGCUACUCAGCACUAGCUUCUUCUCCUGCUUCGUUGCUGUUAACGGAGAAUACUGGAUUGUGUAUGAGAGGCUGUAAAUAUUGGCACAACUUUGCCUGAAUUCUCCGAACAUCCACCAGACACUUGGUUCAGUUAUUUAUUUUUGACUGUGUUGUCUGUUCACCGUAGUUUUGUCAAAACGGCGCCGCUAACGAACUGCAACCUUACGGCUUACUGUCAGAGACCAACUACCCCCCGGAUUUUCUCGAAAUGCAUCAUCCGGACCCUGCAGGAGACUCUGGCAGUGUUAGAAAGAUGGCGCACCCGGCUGUCUUUCACAGAAGGGGUAGUAAUACAGGCAGCGGGAGCGGCUCCGCGCUGUCAACGCCGGCGAACUCGGUUGUCAAUAACAGCCACGUCGCGGCCGAUGAUUAUCAGCCCUCCUUGUUGAUUCAGUGCCAACCUCCUGCUGGUUCAUCCUCCCCGGGUCCCCAUCAUCCUCCACCCCACAGUCUGAAUCUGCUCUCCCAGCCCCAGCCCCCCCAGUCAUCCGGAGCUCAGAUGAAAAAGAAGAGCGGCUUCCAGAUCACAAGUGUGACCCCAGCACAAAUAUCUGUGAGCACCAACAACAGUAUUGCAGAGGACACCGAGAGCUACGACGACCUGGACGAAUCCCACACUGAAGAUCUGUCCUCCUCUGAAAUCCUGGAUGUUUCCCUGUCCAGAGCGAAUGACAUCGUUGGAGGAGAGAGGAGCUCCUCUGAGGAGACGCUGAAUAACUUUCAUGAAGCAGAAACCCCUGGAGCUGUCUCCCCCAACCAGCCUUCACACCCACAUUCCCUGAACCCAGCUCCACAGCAUGGAGGAGCCAUGGUAAAUGGGACUGUGCAUCAUCACCACCACCACCACCAUCAUCAUCCUAACCAAGCCCAGGGCUAUGCUGCAUCUUCUGGGUCUGGGAAUUCCUCAUCUACCCUUGCUUCUGGAGCUUUAUCUUGUGUCACCCUGAAAAUGCCUUCUAAUGUCGGGGUACCUCAAGAGAAUGUUUCCCAGGCUGCUCCUCCAAGUGUAGUGGCUCAGACUGUGGGGGUUGCGGCCCCGGGAUCUGUCCCUGGAAUGCAUAGCUCUGCUGUGGGCACUACAGUUAGCAUAGUUAAUCCCCAGACCAGCAGUGUUAGUAAUGUGAAUAUGUUGAGCUCUGCCAACGUGCCUGUGAGGGGGGGGAUCAGCACGAGUGCUAGCAGUAGCAGUUGUGGCUUUCCUCUCAAUGUGAUAAGCAGCAGCGGGGGGAGUGGAGGAGGAAGUGGUGCCGUUGGGGGUAACCUUAUGACCACCACUAAAGUUAACAUGAUUCAGCAACACCAAAACAUCAAUUCUAACAUCACUAUGACUCUGACAAGUACUACUGCUGCUGCUGCUGCUGUUGCUUCUGCUACCAGUGCCUCUGGAACGAUGGGAGUCACCAGUGGGAUCCAGGGAAGAGUUGGAUCUGCUGUAAUGCAGCCCAUCAGCGCCCCUGUCACAGCUGUGGCCACUGCCCCUUUAACAUCAGCACCUGUUCAACCUGCUCCAGCUCCUGCGAUGACUACAACCAGUUCUCGUUUCAGGGUGGUGAAGCUGGACUCUAGUUCUGAACCCUUUAAGAAGGGCAGAUGGACAUGCACUGAAUUUUAUGACAAGGAGACCCCAGCCUCUGCUCCUAGCUCCUCCGCAUCUGACACAGGGUCUGUUAACAUGCGUCAGUUUGUUUCUGAUAGUUUCACUGGGGCCUCAGAGAGGGAGAGCACAAGUGGGAGUUCUGUGAGUAGCACCAUCAGUACAUUGAGCCAUUACACUGAGAGUGUGUGCAGCGGAGAGGCUGGGGGAGCAACAGUGACCCAGCAUGCCCAGGAUUACGCCUCCCCUCCCCAGGGCUUUCAAGCAAUCCUCCCCAGCGGCUUAAGUAUGGGAGUGUCCCAGUCCCAACCUCACAUGCACCCCCAGGAUAUUACCCAUUCACAUGUGAAGACUACUGUGGCCCCUUCUGUUCCCACAAACAUCCACCAGCCUGCUCCCAUGUCAGGCCACCAGACUACAAUUGGACACCCGACCCCUGCUGUACCCCAGCAACAACUCACUUAUGCCCAGGCAGUUGCUAAUCAACCCACAGGCUCUGCACAGGGCCUAGUGGGUGUUCAGCAACAGAAGAUGGGUUAUGCUUCUAUGCCACAGCAGCCAACCGCUACCCCCCAAACUGCCCCAGUGCAGGUCAGGCCACCCGAGUACACCCAGCCACACCAAGCGGUCCCUCAGGCUGCUCCCUCUCAACCUCUGUCCAACCAAACUGGAUCAGCUACCACUGCACCUGCUAACGGCCACAUGAUGGGAGGCCCGCAGCAGUCACACCAAACACUCCUCCACGCACCGCCCCAGCAGCCCUCUUCUCUUCAAGCCACCACCUCCAGUAUGCCCUCUCAUGUUGGAGUAGUCGGAAUUGGCCAGCAGCCUCAGAGCCACCCUGGCCAUCUGGACUGCCAGCAGCAGAAACCCCAGUCACUCCCAACACAAAUCCAAACCCCGGCCCUGGGCACUCAGCUGCCUAAUACAGUCCACCAGAGCCAAGUGUCUGCACCAAGUGUGCCUCCUGCUCCCAACCCUCAGAGCGACCCCCAGGCUCAGUCCCAGCCCAUCAACACUGGGAAUAGUGGAAGGAUGCCCCCGCAGGGUGUCCCCCAGAGCCAGCCGUCUUGUGUCAGCUUGUCCCAGGACCCCAGCAGCGCACAGGCCCUGGCUCAUGCUGCCCAGGCUAGUGCUCUUUAUGCUAGUCUGCCCACCUUUACCACCACCCAACUGCAGGAUGCUCAGCGGCUGCUUCUCCAGCACCAGUCGGCUUUGUUAGGGCUCCCCAAGCUGGCUGGAGGAGAGGCAGGGUCAGGAUCUAAUGCUGGCCAGGGUCAAGAAGCUGAGGGCAACGCUGCCGCCGCCGCCAGUGCCUUAACAGCAUCAGCUGGUCUCAAGACUGUAGAUGGAGAGGAGGAUGGCUCGUCGGGAGCCAGCGUUGUGGCCAUAGACAACAAGAUUGAACAAGCAAUGGACCUGGUGAAGAGUCACCUGAUGUACGCCGUGCGUGAGGAGGUGGAGGUCCUAAAGGAGCAGAUCAAGGAGCUGAUCGAACGAAACUCCCAGUUGGAGCAGGAGAACACCCUGCUGAAGACGCUGGCCAGCCCAGAGCAGAUGGCCCAGUUCCAGGCCCAGGUUCAGACCGGGUCCCCGCCCGCCGCUCCGACAGCUGCCACACCAGGACCCCCGAGCGCCGCCACCCUCGCCCAGCCCGCCUCACACAGCUCCGGCCCCCCAGCGUAGCCUGGUCUGCACACACAAAGACUGACUGACUCGUUACUAUUUUUUUUGUUUCUUUUUGUUCCUUUUUUUCUUUUGAGUUCUGCUACAGCAGCAGAGCUAAACCUUGCCUUCAACAGCAGGAAGUUUCGCUGUUAAGACAAGAAUUUGCACAUAUUUAUCUCUCAGACGGAGGCAGCCAGCGUGAUGAGCUGUGCAGUGCUGGGGCGCACAGCGGUGGGAGACAAUCUGGAGAUGCUGUAUGGGUGGUUGGAUUCCCGUGGAGAAUGAAUAAUAGAACUUUUUGCCAAAUAACCUUUGGACAUAUCAACUAGAAUGUCUUACCAAGAAGAAGCAAGAGCUCAUCAGUGGCGACAACAUACUUAACUUUAGAAAAAUAAAUCACUGUGCCUGUGUCUGGAUUUUAAGUGAUGUCGAUUUUACUGAUGGCGGUGGAAGAGUAAGAGGUGGAGGAUUGUACUGGUUAACAGUUUUUGCUCAAUGAUGUAAUGUAAAUAAAACAAAAACGUUCUCUCUUAAGGCUAGACCCUAAAGUUACAGGUGGAGAGAUUUAAGUGGAGACGAGAGAGAAAAAGCCUUCUCAGAGUGACAAAUGAAGAAUGUGAGCAAUUAUUAUCAUGACAAAGUCCCCAUCUGGAAUGGGGGAGGAGGGGGAGGGUAUGGGCAAAGGGGUGGGAGGGUAUUUUGAACAACACUUGGCAGCAUUGAUGAUGUUACUUCAACUGUGGGUUGGUGGGAUGAACAAAACCUGGUUUCUUAUGGAGAUGAUGAUAUUCUAUUUUCAGUAUUUCACUUUGAAGCUCCUCAUUUGCCCUUGACAAAGCUCAUCGUUGCUGUUUUCUCGACCCUGAAGUGGCAUGUAAUUUAAACCUUAUUUGACAGGGUUGAAACAUUGGGCUAAGCUGCAUUUUUUUUUCCUUUUUACCUAAAAAGUGUGAUGGGCAGAAGAUGAUGUAUAUUUCUGUAUAGUGUAAGUACCAUGUAAAAUAGUGAGGAGGAGAAGCAGAAAACAACAGAUGAUAUCUAGGUCACACAGAUUGAAGCUGGUGAGCGAGGAACAUGCUGGUCUUGCCCAGUCUGUGUCUAUUUUUAAUGCUGUAUUUUCAGGACUGUGGAUCUUAAGGACUUUAGGUUAUUUAACUGACAACACUCAGCCAACACUGUUGUCCAUAUCCUCUACUGCAACAUUAACUCUUACUGUAAAACCAUUUUUCACUUGCCGCUUUUUUUCGGAUGUAUUACACCUUUAAGACUUCCUUUUUUUUUUUUUUUUGACAGUGAAGUACUUCUGGAUGAAACUCAACAUAUAAAAUACUACAAACUCUGAGGAUGUUUUUUUUUUCAUUCAGUGUAUCGGUUGUAUGCUCAUGUUCUGUGCAUGUUUCCGCAGAGACCGGAUUAAGAAAUUGUAACAUACAUACCACAAUUGCACUUGACAGCUGCACUUCACAACUUUCAAUAAACAUGCUUAAAGAAGAAUAA